GUUUUAACUGGUUUGGCAGUUGUCUAUAUACGCUCCGUAUAUUAUACCUUAUCUUGAAUUAUCGCUCAACAAGCAUAUCUAAAAUGUUGUCUUUAUCAGGCCGUAUCGCCAAGAGGCUCACUUCCUCAACCGCCUAUAGUUCUCUCAAGGACAUCCUAACAAAGGAACUGGAUGGAAUCAGAGAAGCUGGAACCUGGAAAACUGAGCGUGUUAUUACAACUAAACAAGCUUCUGUCAUAAAAGUUGCAGGAACCGAGGAUAAAAUUCUCAAUUUUUGUGCAAAUAACUAUUUAGGAUUGUCGAGUCAUCCACAAGUUGUAGAAGCCGGGAAGAAAGCAUUAGACAGUCACGGAGCGGGUCUAAGCUCUGUAAGAUUUAUAUGUGGAACAACUGAUUUACAUAUGGAAUUAGAAGAGAAAAUAUCAAAAUUUCAUAAUAGAGAAGAUACAAUCCUGUACGCUAGUUGUUUUGAUGCUAAUGCCGGCUUCUUUGAAACAAUCUUGACAAAAGACGAUGCGGUUCUGUCUGACGCUUUAAAUCAUGCAUCGAUAAUUGAUGGAAUUAGGUUGUGCAAAGCUAGAAAAUAUCGCUAUAUUCAUAAUGAUUUAGAAGAUUUAGAGGAGAAGCUCAAAGAAUCUCAAGAUUGUCGAGUUAGAUUAAUUGUUACUGAUGGAGUCUUCUCAAUGGAUGGUGAUGUUGCCAAAUUAGAUAAAAUUGUACAGUUGGCUGAUAAGUAUAAUAGUUUAGUUUUCAUUGACGAAUGUCACGCAACAGGAUUCUUUGGCAAGACUGGACGGGGUACUGAAGAACAUUUUAACAUCAAAGUGGACGUUAUCAAUUCUACGUUGGGAAAAGCUCUUGGUGGCGCGGCUGGCGGAUAUACAACUGGCAAGAAAGAACUAAUAACGCUUCUACGACAAAGGUCAAGGCCGUACCUUUUCUCUAAUUCCCUACCGCCGGCUGUUGUGGCGAGCGCCUCCAAGGUAUUUGAUCUUCUGAUGGAGUCUAAUGAAAUAGCCGAAAGACUAUCAGAAAAUGUUGAGAGAUUUAGAAGUCGAAUGACCGAAGCUGGUUUCACUUUGAGCGGAGACAGAUGCCAUCCAAUUGCCUCUGUUAUGCUUGGUGAUGCUCGUUUGUCUAGUGCUUUUGCUGAUGAAAUGCUUAAUCGAGGUAUAUACGUAAUUGGAUUUAGUUAUCCUGUCGUUCCGAAAGGCGCAGCAAGAAUAAGAGUGCAACUCAGUGCGGCUCAUUCUCUAGCGGAAGUUGAUAGAGCAAUUGAUGCUUUCAUCGACAUUGGAAAACAACUAAAAGUUAUAUAA